AUGACCUUUGAAGUUCUCCUGUCUGAAGUUGGAGUUAAGGGAAGAUUCCACAUCUUUCAUGUCUUUUUUUUCACUCUCUUUCUAAUGUUUCUAGGUAGCCAUUUUCUCCUAGAGAAUUUCAUUGCCUUUACCCCUGAGCACCGGUGCUGGGUUCACUUGCUUGACAAUACCUCUGCUUUGCUCAAUGUCAGUGAGGACCUUAAUUUUACUUCCCUGCUAAAGGUUUCCACCCCCCUGGACUCCAAUGGGAAACCAGAGAGCUAUCGCCGAUUCUUCUUGCCACAGUGGCAGGCUUUGUUCCCAAAUGCCACAGCACAAAAUUUUAGUCAACUGGAGAUGGAGCCAUGUGUGGUUGGCUGGGUUUAUGACCAAAGCAUUGUCACUUCUUCCAUUUUGACUGAGUGGGACCUCAUGUGUGACUCUCGGACACUGAAGUCCUUGUCCCAGUCAAUAGUUUUCACUGGAAUUUUUGGGGGAUAUAUCACGUGGGGCUAUCUCUCAGAUAGGUUUGGAAGAAAAAAGAUACUGCCUCCAAAUUACCUCAUCUUGGCUACCUUCAGCACUGGGAUGGCUUUUGCUCAGUCAUUCCCCAUUUACUGCAGUUGUCGAUUCCUCUUUGGGUUUUCUGUGGCAGGAAUCUUACUUGCCAAUGGGAUUGUUGUCUUGGAAUGGAUCUCCAGCCAGUGGCGGCCUCUGGCAGUAAUCGUUAUGAAUCUGGGCUCCAAUAUGGGAUAUCUGUCUCUUGGAAUUCUGGCCUAUGGCAUCCAGGAAUGGCGCAACUUCCAGCUGGCAAUGUCUGUUCCCUUCCUUGCCUUCUUCUUAAUCUCUUGGCAACAAUCGGAUCUUCUUUUUAUUGACAGGAACACUUGCAGAGGAUUCAUUUUUACACUAGAAAGGAUUGGGGCAAUACUGGCCCCAUUGGUAAAUAUGCUCAUGAUCUGUAGUCCAGUCCUGCCAAAGAUCAUCUUUGCAACUGCAGCCAUCAUUGCCAGCCUUGUGAUCUUCUUCUUCCUCUUUGAAACAAGGAACCAACCUAUGCCUGACAUCAUUUGGGAUAUGGAAUGUGGACGUUCAAGAAAAGAAGUAAGUCCAAGAAAUCAGGACAACACCAAAGUAAAAAUAAGUCAAUUUUAG